GUCGCCAUGGACAACAGCUCAUCCUCUUCCUCGCCGCUGCACGUCGUGAUCUGCCCGUGGCUCGCCUUCGGCCACCUGCUGCCCUGCCUCGACCUCGCCGAGCGCCUCGCGUCGCGGGGCCACCUCGUGUCCUUCGUCUCCACGCCGCGCAACAUCGCGCGCCUCCCGCCUGUCCGGCCAGCCGUGGCGCCGCUAGUCGAGUUCGUGGCGCUGCCACUCCCGCACGUCGAAGGGCUCCCCGAAGGCGCCGAGUCCACCAACGACGUCCCGUACGAGAAGUUCGAGCUCCACCGCAAGGCCUUCGACGGCCUCGCCGCGCCAUUCUCGGAGUUCAUGGGCGCCGCGUGCGCCGAGGGUGCCAAGAAACCGGACUGGAUCAUCGUCGAUGUCUUUCACCACUGGGCUUCCGCCUCCGCCAUUGAGCACAAGGUUCCUUGCGCGAUGCUGGUCCUGGCCGCGGCAGGUAUCACCGCCACCUGGGCCGCCAACGUGGCCAACGGCAAGCAAGCAGCGUCUUGGGGAGGAGAACCGGAAGCAGGGACGCCAAAGUUCGAGGUGGAGAGGAGAAAGUUGGCGAGAACACUGCGCGAGUCAGGGAUGUCCAUCGCCGAGCGUGUCUCCUUGACGCUCCAGAGGUGCAACCUCGUCGUCAUCCGGAGCUGCCUCGAGUGGGAGCCGGAGAGCUUCCCUCAACUGGCGACGCUCGGCGGUAAGCCGGUCGUCCCCCUCGGCCUCCUGCCGCCGUCACCGGAGGGAGGCCGCGGCGUCAGCAAGGACGGGGAGGACGCCACCGUGCGUUGGCUCGACGCGCAGCUGGCCAAGUCGGUCGUGUACGUGGCCCUAGGAAGCGAGGUGCCCCUGCGCACGGAGCAGGUGCACGAGCUGGCCCUCGGACUGGAGCUCGCCGGGACGCGCUUCUUCUGGGCUCUACGAAAGCCCAGCGGCGUGCCGGACGUCGACGUCCUCCCUUCGGGGUUCGAGGAGCGCACACGCGGCCGUGGCCUCGUCGUGACCGGAUGGGUUCCGCAGAUCAGCGUGCUGGCGCACGGCGCCGUGGCCGCGUUCCUGACGCACUGUGGUUGGAACUCGACCAUCGAGGGGCUCCUGUUCGGGCACCCUCUCAUCAUGCUGCCCAUCUUCGGCGAUCAAGGACCCAACGCGCGUCUGAUGGAGGCAAGAAAGGUCGGAGUGCAGGUGCCAAGAAACGAAAACGAUGGUUCGUUCCAUCGAGACGGCGUCGCGGCCGCAGUUCAGGCCGUCGCGGUGGAGGACGAAAGCAGGAGGAUCUUCGUGGGCAACGCCAAGAGGAUGCAGGAGAUAGUGGCUGAUAGCGAAUGCCAUGAGAGAUGCAUCGAUGAUUUUAUUCAGAAGCUUAGAUCUUACCAAGAGUGA